GCAGCUGGGACUAGAGAGCUCUGUCUGCUCAGCUUCCAUUCGGCGGUAGACGGUUACCUCGCGCACCACUAAGCGCUUUUUGUUGUGAGACGCAGAGGGUUGCGGAGUCAUGGGUAAGCUUAAGGAAUUCGAUAUUACUUUCACCAACAACAAAGUGGUCUACAGCCCUGGCGAAUCCAUAAGUGGGUCUGUGAAAAUUACAACCGGUACCUCACUGCAAUAUAAAGCCAUUAAGGUGAACUGCCUGGGAUCAUGUGGGGUCUCCAACAAAAUGAACGACAUGUCAUGGACACUGGAAGAGCAAUACUUCAGCAGCACACUGUCUGUAGCUGACAAAGGUACCCUGGCAGCUGGCGAGCACAGCUUCCCUUUUCAAUUUCUCAUUCCAGUGGCUGCCCCGACCUCCUUUGAAGGGCCCUUUGGGAAGAUUGUUUACCGUGUGAGAGCCGUCAUAGACACACCUCGCUUCUCCAAGGACUACAAGGCCCAGAGGCCCUUCUACCUACUUAACCUGCUCAACCUCAACCAAGUGCCCAACAUUGAGCAACCCAGUUAUGCUGUGACCACUAAGAGGUUCAGCUACCUCCUGGUGAAGACGGGCACCCUCAUGAUGAAGGCUUGCAGUGACCAGAGGGGAUACACACCAGGCCAGAUCAUUAGACUAGCCACUGAGAUCCACAACAAGUCAGGCAAGGACACGGGCUGUGUGCUGGCCAGCCUCAUACAGAAAGUGACUUAUAAGACCAAACGGGCUGUGUUCGACCUGCGGACCAUAGCAGAGGUAGAGGGGGCGGGAGUGAAGGCGGGGAAACACGCUGAGUGGCGGGAGCAAAUCAUCGUACCGCCCCUCCCCCAGUCUGGCCUGGCCGGCUGUAGCCUUAUAGAGAUCGAUUACUUCAUCCAGGUAUCACUAAAGUCCCCCGAGACAGUUGUCACUUUACCCAUCUACAUCGGGAACAUCGCUGUCAACUUGAUCCCGUCACGACCUAUGCCCUCAACUCCAGCCCCAACAACCAUCAGCCCCAACCCCGGCCCAGAAGGGGUUACCCCGAGCGCGCCCCCGGCUGAGGAGGACUUGGAAGAGGUGUUGGGUGCAGGGGGUUCAGUCAGCGAGGAGAUCCCCACAAAGAGUCACUCCCAGCAGGACCAAUCCGGCCAGCCCCCCACCAUGUCCCCCAGUGCAUUCAGCUACGCUCCCGCUGUAGAUUUCCCCCCCAGCCAGCGACGUGCCGAUGACACCUCGGCGCCUCUGUUCUGUGUGUCUACUGGGGCCACCAUCCCCUUCUUCACAGAAGGAAACGCCACCCCAGUACCCACGUCCUGUCCUCUCAUACUCCCGCCUGAGUACAGCACCUGGGACUUCACACAUGAACCCCCUCCCACAUAUGAGGAGAGCUGCAGCAGUAACAACUCCAGCUUCAACAACAGCAGACCGCAGGAGUGAGGACUGAGCAUAAUGCAGCUCACAACCACAAUUACACUCCCUAAAGGACCAAUAGGAUACUGCAACCCUUUCUCCAAGUGCACAGAACAUGCUCUCCUCCUAAAUAUUACCUUAAAAAAUAUAUUUUAAAGGGAUCAUAUCAGAUUUUGUAUUAUAGUUUAUACACCCUUCUCCCUGGCUUAAAGGACCUGCUGUUAUAUAGAUGGAAUGAGAGUGCAAAGUCCCUGUGCAUAACAGGAGGACUUCAGAGACAACUUCUAGAAGGUAGGAUAUUCCAUAAUUGGAGGCUAUUGGAGACUAAACGUAGUGGGUAAUACAAAUUGUGAAUAUUCUGGCAUUGUUGACUUGAAAUUGUUGUAGGCCUGCUACUAUAUCUCCUUUUCCAUCCUUCAAACACAACCAAAAUCUGGCCUUUAUUGUAGUUUCCUUCCAAAUGUGCACACUACUGUAAUUCCGAUCCACUUCCACCGCAGUGGCUCCCUCUUUUGAUGAGUGGAGUAGGGGUGGCCUAGCUGGACAUGAGGUCCUUAGCAUGUCUACCCCCUGGUGGCCAUUAACGGAAGAGAAUGGAGCCUAUUGGAAAAGCUUCAGACCUUCACUAAAGUAUUGGAGUUCAAUGAUGCCUGACGAAGAACAUACUCCAUCAACCUGUGAUCUACUGACAAGGGACUUCUGGAAUUUGCAUCUUAUCUUGUCACACCUCAUCAUCCUGAAACAGACAAGCGGGACAUUGUACUCUUGGGUAUGCAGGGGAACUACGUAGCAAGGGUUGAUAUGCAUUUAUGACAUCUGAUGCAAACACCAACUUUUCUUUCACCUUCUUUACCCUGAAUUAAUGGAGAUGAUCUGUUGAUUUUCCCCAUGUGGCCUUAACUCAUUCUGUUCUACCUACAUUACUAUGUGCUGAUGAAGACAGUUGUCUUCAGGGUUGCUGUUGCUUUUGAAAUGGCAGUCAAUGCUGAUCAAAUGUGUUGGUGUGACAACCAACAGUGUUAAAUGUUCAAGCACAAGACAGCACUUUUUGACAGUUUGAAAACUGCAUGUAUAUGUUUUUGUGUGUGAAUGAGUAUAUAGUGUACCAGUUUCUGUGUGAAUGUGUAUAAAGUGUACCAGUUUGUGUGUGAAUGUGUAUAAAGUGUACCAGUUUGUGUGUGGCUGAUCGCCCCUCCUGUCUUUGAUAGUUGAUAGCGUUGGACAUCUCAAUUUGAAAGCCAAACAUCAGGCAAUAUCAUCCACUCUGUUUGUAUGACUGUUUGUUUUGUAUGUCUGUCUUGUUUCUGUCUCAAUUACAGCAUCCUUUUUUAUUUAUAAGCCAAUCUCAUUGUGGCUUAUGUAUUCACAGAGUUGCAUGAAACAACCUUGAGCAACUGCUGUGGGAAUACAUGUACCGUCAUCCCUCCUCAAAUGGUAGCCUAUGUAGUACAGUCACAGCCUUUAAUACCAGAAAAUAGAUUGCAGAUGAUAUUGGGAAUUGAUCUGUGGUUCUGACCACUGCUCUAUACUAAUUUUUUAUUUGUAUUUUACCUUUAUUUAACUAGGCAAGUCAGUUAAGAACAAAUUCUUAUUUUUAAUAAGGUAUCAGCUCUGAAAGAACCAUAGAAAUUACACCUGUAUUUACCAUGUGCUAUUCCGUUAUCUCCAAGAUUGCUACGGCAGCUUGGUUCUCGAGUCAUUUCAGGCUGCCUUUAUCAAUCCUGCCCCAUUGUUUGUAUUUCUCUUCACGAAAGUACUAUAGCUUUAUAAACCCCGACAUGUUUUUCAUUGUACAUUCUUUUCCCCUCACAAAUGGGUGUGUGGUUUUGUAUUUUUCUAUUUGCAAACAAUUUUCUGGUGCAUAUGGUAGCCAUUUGAGAGAGAAAAAAUAUCCUGAAAAAUAGUAGCAUCCUGGUUAAUCAAUGUAAUAUUUCAACUUGUUGUAAAUCCAAAUUGUACAGUGUACCAAUAAAAUGAUCUGCCAUA